UUCCUGUUACACGAUUGACAGAACCGAAGCAUCGGCCCGGGACGUUGUUGAUGACAAAAUCUUUAUUGACCGGUUUCCUGCUGUAAUUUAUGUAUCGAACUGGUAACAGGUGUUUAGAAUUCCGCUUAGUACUGGAGGUGUUGUUGCAUCUGUAUUAAUAAGACUGCUGUACGAUAUGUCACAGAAAGACGUCAGAGCAGUGUGGCGGAGAGCGGAUGCUGUCUGUUUUGAUGUCGACUCGACAGUGUGCAAGGAUGAAGGCAUUGAUGAGCUGGCCAAGUUCUGCAAUGUCGGUCUUGAGGUGUCAGAACUAACAAAGAAGGCAAUGGGUGGCAACAUGUCUUUCAGGGAAGCACUUUCGCAGAGAUUGGAUAUCAUUAAACCAUCUCGGCAACAAAUGGUUGACUUUAUUGGUCACAGAAAGCCACGGCUUAGUGAUGGAAUAGUAGAGUUGGUGUCACUAUUGAAGGAGCGAGGCUGUGCAGUUUAUCUCGUGUCUGGAGGGUUUAUUUCAGUUAUUACUGAAGCAGCCAAAUUGCUGUCCAUACCACCAGGAAACAUAUUUUGCAAUAGACUGAAGUUUUAUUACUCAGGGGAAUAUGCUGGCUUUGAUGUUGACCAACCGACCUCUGAUUCCGGAGGGAAGACUAAAGUGGUGAAGAUGAUCAAGGAGAAGUUUGGUCACAAGCAGCUGGUCAUGGUGGGAGACGGUGCCACAGAUAUGGAAACCUGUCCGCCGGCGGAUGCAUUUAUUGGAUAUGGUGGAAAUGUGGUCAGGGAAAGUGUGAAAGAAAAGGCAUCUUGGUUCAUCACAGACUUCCAAGAACUUAUUGGUGAAUUAAAAAGUGCAACAAAUGUCAAUACGGACAAUUUGUUAAACGGAGUACAUUAAUGAUGUGGCAUUUAGGAUUUAAAAAAAAAUUAAGCGGCUUUAUUUCUUACAGAAUUUAAUAUAUGUGAUAUUGCUUUUAACUGGAAACUAUGCAAAUUACUUGUUUCAUUGUUAAUAACUGAUAAAUUAUUUUUUAUUCCAGAUUUAAUAUUUUUACUGUGUAAAAAAAUAAUAAUUUAAAUAGUGAAAUAUUUUUUAAAUACAAAAAACAAUCAUAUUUUAGCCUAAUUGGACAGUUAAUAACUGAAGAUGUUAUGUAAAUAAUUGAUGAUAUUUAAAUAUAUUUAAUCAUGUUUUUACAUAAUUAUGAAUAUUUUACAUGGAACAGUGUUUGUUAAAUUUGUUUAGUAGGUAAAUAAUUUGUGAUAUGAACACAAUUGUCCAACAUUUACAUUUUAAUACUUGUGACUUAACAAAAGCCAGGAUUCGCAGCCCCGUUCCGGCUAAAGUCCAGAGCGAGUUCUUAAGGGCUCAAUGGGUAGGUGUAUGGCCACUACACCCUCUUCUUUCUCACUAACAACUAAUCCACUGUUCUGGACAGACAGCCCAGAUAGCUGAGAUGUGUGCCCAGGACAGCGUGCUUUAACCGUAAUUGGUUAUAAGCACAAAAAUAAGUUGAAAUGAAAUGAAUGUCAUUGGAUUUUGAAUACAUAUUUGUAUUCAGUUUUGUACCCGACAAGCUUAACGCUCAACAGAUGAUUUAUUUUUAAGUUUGAAACUUGAAUUUUACAAGUAUGCACUUUACUUACUGGAGUCCAGUUCCAUUCAAUUUGAUGUCAACUGUGUUACAUGCAUUUUUGUAUCCUAUCAGUUGACCAAUCGAAUUAUUUCAGAGUAUUUUCCAAGUCUGACUUGUCAAUUGAUAACACGACUAUAGUCUCUUUGUGUGGAAAGGGAACCGAUGAAUUGGCAUAUACCGAUAACUCUAUAAUAAAUCAUGUUAAAUCUUAUAUUAUAACAUAUUACUGAGUUUUAAACCCAUACCAACUCAAUUUUUUUUUUUACUAAAACAUUCUGUAUAAAUAUAACAUUUCUUUACAAAUUAUAUAGAUUAAUCUCAUUUUUAAUACAGGGGUGAAGACAAAAUGCUAGAAUAGCUAUCAAAGUAAUCGAUAAUGCAGGAUGCUGAGACUAAAGGUACAACGGUAUGUUGGUUGUUCCAUCAAUUGUAUUCCUACCCGACUUGUAAAAUAAGAUUUAACCUAUGCAAUUUGAUAAUAAUGUGUAAAGAAACUUUUUUAUUUAAAGCUGCAGUCCCUGGAGUUUUUUUUCAAAAGAUGUUAUUUGAGUUGCUAUGGCUUUAAAACUUAAUAUAUUUUUAUAUGAAUUUUAACUUUAUUCAUUAGAGUUAUAUGCCAAUUCAUCAGUUCCUUUUUUACACAAACGGAAUAUAGAUUAGUCAGUGGCUAUUGAAUGUCGAACAUAUGAUAAAUUUCCCACAAAAAGGACAUGUUAAUGAUAACUUGUUUUGAUAUUAUCAUCAGUGUCACUUGAUCUUUUUACAGGCUCGUAUGCAGAAAUUUAUAUGGGUGUGUGUGUAAUCGACGGCCCAAAGGGCCGGAGUUGCUAGGGGGUCCGGGGGCAUGCCCCCUCCCCCCCCCGAACUUUUUUUAUAAUCUAGAAUGCAUGAGAUGCAUUUUCCUGCAUUCUGGGAAGUAAAUUUGUCACAUCAUCAGACUAUUUUUAUACAUGGGACCAAGUUUGUUAGCAACUCAACUUGUGUUAACUGAUGUACAUUAAAAUUUAUAGAAACAAUGAA